AUGGCAUCAUUAAACAUUAAUAGCUUGUUACUGCAUAUUGAUGAGCUCAAAUUAUUUUUGAGUACUUCUAAAAUCGACAUUUUAGCAAUCAAUGAAACCAAAUUAGACUCUCUUAUUGAGAAUAGGGAAAUUCAACUACCGGGUUUUGAACUCGUGAGAAGGGAUCGUGACCUGAACGGUAGGCAUGGAGGUGGAAUCUGCCUCUAUGUACGAUCCAACAUUAAUUACUUCAUCCGACACGACUUGGAAGCUCCGACCCUUGAAUAUCUAUGUAUUGAAAUUACUAAGCCAAGAUCGAAGGCGUUUUUGGUCAACACAUGGUAUAGGCCUCCGAGCUCCCCAAGUGAAGCGUUCCAUGCUUUUGAGAAAAUUAUAGGCAGGAUAGAUAGCGAGGAUAAAGAGCAUUAUUUGCUCGGAGAUAUUAAUUGUGACAUGUUAUCUCCUGGGGCGUAUAAUACUUCUACCUUGAUUGAUUUAUUCAAUAUAUAUGGAUUAAGUCAGUUGAUUGAUGAACCAACAAGAGUAACCCCCAGUUCGCGAACAUUAAUUGACCUAUGUGUCACUAAUUGUCCUCAAAAAAUAGUCAAUGCAGGUGUCUUGCAUCUUGGAAUUAGUGAUCACUCUUUGGUUUAUUUUAUUCGAAAAACACAUUAUCAGCAAACAACCGCACGUAUCAUCCAAUCGCGGGUGUUUAAAAACUUUAAUAAGAAUGAUUUUCUUCGGGAGUUGAACGAAAAGCCCUGGUGUGAGGUUAACUCCCAAAAUAAUCCGAAUUGCAUGUGGGAUAUCUGGAAAUCACUUCUAAUGGAAAGCAUAGACAAACACGCACCUAUUAGAAGCAGACGUGUUGGUAGAAAAAAAGCACCGUGGAUUACCAAUGAGUUGUUGAAAAAAAUGCAUGUGCGUAAUUAUCUUAAGAAACAGGCGGUCAACUUUAACGAUGGGGUAUCUUGGGAAAAAUAUAAACGUUCUCGUAAUCUGACUAAUAAUGCAAUUAAGUAUGCUAAACAGCAGUACUUCAGUUCAAAACUUUAA